AUGGUUAUCACAGAGGUUUCUUCGCUACCGCGAUCCGUCACAGCAGCGCCUGCAGAAGCACACGCCGACGAAACCACAGCUUUGGGAAUCUUACAGGUCCAGGGCGCGACUUCCACCAAUGACUUUGAGCAUGGGGAAUGGAAGAGCGAUAGGAUGGACAAGGUUCAAGAGAAGCGAUGCUCUGUUACAGCAGGAGAAGGUGGACCAUCAGGUUCAGAGUCAGCAGAGCCAGCAGCACGUACAGCAGCAGCAGCACGAGGAAGAGGAGGAGUGGCAGCAGCAGCAGCAGCAGCAGCAGCAGCAGCAGCAGCAGCAGCAGCAGCAGCAGCAGCAGCAGCAGCAGCAGCAGCAGCAGCAGCAGCAGCAGCAGCAGCAGCAGCAGCAGCAGCAGCAGCAGCAGCAGCAGCAGCAGCAGCAGCAGCAGCAGGAGGAGCAGCAGCAGCAGCAGCAGCAGCAGCAGCAGCAGCAGCAGGAGGAGGAGGAGGAGCAGCAGCAGCAGCAGCAGCAGCAGCAGCAGGAGGAGCAGCAGCAGCAGCAGCAGCUGCCGGACCAGGGACAGUUGUACAAGACUUCUCAUUAUCAGAUUCAACCGUCUAG